AUGUCAGACGCACCGAUGGAGGACGUGGUAGACGAGACCAUGAGCCAGGACGAGGUGGAUACCGAGAAAAUCAAGUUGCUACCCGGCUCCACGCCCGACGGCACGGCGGCAUCGUUUCAGAUCAGCGACGAGGACCAUACUUUGGGGAAUGCGCUGCGGUACAUGAUAAUGAAGAAUCCAGAGGUUGAAUUCUGCGGAUACUCGAUUCCGCACCCGGCAGAGAGCAAGAUGAAUAUUAGAAUUCAGACGUACGGCGGCAUGAGCGCUGUUGAGGCGCUGCACAAGGGGCUGGACGAUCUGGUGGAUCUUUGCACCCAUGUGGAGGACGUUUUUGGGGAAAAAAUCAGUUCCAGAGACUACGGCACCGAGGAGCCAUGA